GUACUUGGAGGACUUCAAUCUCGUGGCCUUGGAGCGUAAUAUAAAAUGGUUGGCUGUGGUGGUAGUUUUGUUUUAUUCCAUCAAGGUUUGCGAUAUACUCAUAAGUCCUGACUUACAAAACAGUCUUUUUAAACAUUUAUAAGACUUAUGCGUCAUCAUUCAUCUACAAGUGACGACAAAAAUGCUAGUCACAGGGGCCCUGUAGGUUUUCGGUCAUCAAGAAAACCGAUUCACGACAAACUGGAAAUUCUUUCACUAUCACAAGUUCCACCGGAAUUUCAUGAAGUUGGGAUUUUAUCAGGUUAUCGUAAGCCAUCAGCGUCACUUGCAUUGGGUAUCUUGUCUGUUUUUCAAAUACACAAUGAAACCUUGAAUAUAUGGACGCAAAUCAUACCAACCAUUUAUUUUGUUGUCGAACUAGUCCUGAAUUUUUUCCACGUUGGCGAACGUUUUCUUCUUAUAUAUCUUAUUACUGCCGUCACAUACCUGUUCACAAGUUCUUGCGCCCACACAUUUAGUUGUUUGUCCCCUAGAGCUCGGCACAUAUGUUUCUUUCUUGACUAUAUUGGAAUAUCACUUUAUUCUUGUGGCUCCACUGUUUGCUACUAUGCGUUCGCUCUGCCAGUCGGCUUGUUGCGUCUUUCACCUAUCUCUGGUCUUAAUCUUAGUGAUAUAUUCUUGUUUAUUUCAGCAUUGUUUUGUAUCUGUGGUACAUACUUAUCAUGUAAGACUAGGUUUUGGAAGCCUUCAAUUUUUCGUAACAUCAUUAGGAUGGGAGCAUUCGGAAUUAUUUUGUUUUACGUCGGGACUCCGAUUCUGUGGCGUUCAUAUACCUGUAAGUACAUGGCAAGUGAAUAUGAGUCUUCUGAAUGCAGCUCACUUUAUUAUUGGAACUUGCAUUUCAUGUCAAUGCUUUCUGCAGGAUUUUUGUUUGUCUCACACUUUCCUGAAAGGAUUUUUCCUGGAAGGUUCGAUGUUUUCGGUCAUAGUCAUCAAAUAUUUCACAUUUUCGGUGCCUUGGGUUCUAUUACACAAUAUUAUGCACUUAGGAUUGACCUCCAGGAACGUAACGCCAAAUUAAGACAAAUGUCGCAUGCACCUUCAAUUCCUCUGUCUCUGUUUUGUCUCGGUUUGGUAGUAUUUUGUAAUUUUAUUAUUUUUCUAAAGUUUUACAAACGUCUUGGUACCAUCACAGGACGCAAAAGAUUGUAAUUAUCUUUAUGUAGCUGCUUUGUGCUAUACUUUUCAGACCUCUGUAUCUCAAUUUAGCUUUUUCAUCGUUUGCCAUAUUUUCAUUCUUGACCGAUUUGUUUGAUUCUAAGGGAUUCAUUGUUCUCCAGCACAUAAACGUUCUGCAAGUCCUGCUUUUUACACUUGUCACUUGAACUAUUGCCUUUUUGGAUUAAAAUAGCUUAUUUCAUCCAUCAAGCCACAUGUACAUUGCAAAUGAUAAUUAUUUUCAGAUAGACUUCCUGUUUUCAAUAAUUUUUCGGUUGGACGUAAGAUAUUGUUUUAAUAUAUGAAUGUUGAUGCUGCAAGUCUUGAUGUAAUGACAGUUGGCGCAGCUCAAACAUUUUUUUCGCUGUUUCUCUUGGCCCAACUUAAUUUAGCUGGUCCUACCAAACAGGCCAUCUUAAGUUACCAUACCAUUUCCUAACUAAAUAUGCGAAUAGGCUCGAAUUUCUUAUUUACAUCUGACGUUUUUAUUGGCGAUGUUGUCUAGAAAGACUGUGAAAGCUUUGCAAUUAAACCCCACCACUUAAAAUAAUCAAAUCAGUCAAAGUUUAAAGCAAAUUCACUUUGUUUUAGCGCAAUAAUUCGACAGAACAUCCUUAGCGUUUCGCAGGUGAAUUAUUAUAGAUGUAAAUUGUUGAUUAUCUCGUGGAUGUUACUAAGCAUUAUCAUCGCUGUUAUGCUUGUUGUUUACUUAAUACACAACAGAUUGGUAUUAUAAGAUGUUUUACUCACUGGAUGUCAUUAGGUUGUUCGCUUAGAAUAUGAAGUUUUAUAAACCAAUUGCUUAAAAUCGCAUAACUCAGUUCUCUUCAAAGAAUUGAGUCAAAGUCUAUAUGUGUUU